AUGAAGAUAACGUUGAUGGCUGUGCCUGACUCCAAAACCAAUAUCAUUAAUUGGAUUCUACUUAUGCUCUGCCUGGACAUUUUCCGUACAGGCGCAGUUCUGGCCGUGAAUAUGACGCUCCCCAACUCCCUCAUCCGCAGCACGGUGGGAGACGAAGCCCUCCUGUCGGUAGACUUCGUCAGCUUCAGCGCCGACCCGCCCGUCAUCAAGUGGCAGCUGCGUCGGGAGAAAUCGGUCACUGUGGUGCAGUCCAUCGGGACGAACAUCGUGGGCACCCUGAGGCCCGAGUAUCGGGACCGCAUACUGAUUUUCCAGAAUGGGUCGCUGCUCCUACACAACCUGAGGCUGUCGGACGAGGGCACGUAUGACGUGGAGAUCUCCAUCACGGAUGACACGUUCACGGGCGAGGGCAGCGUCACACUCACUGUGGAUGAGCCACUUUCCAGACCUUACAUCUUAAUGGAGUCAACGUCCGUCCUGGAGCGCAGCGAAAACGUUGUCCUUAACUGCUCGCAUGACACCGGCACCCGAGCCGAGUACCGCUGGGUUAAAGGCGGCGAGGCGCUGGGCGACGACAGCAGGCUACGGUUGUCCCACGACGGGAAGCUGCUCACCAUCACUCGCGUCACCUUGGCAGACGACGACGUCUAUGGCUGCGUGGUGGAGAACCCCGUCGGCGUCGUGACCAGCCUGCCCAUCAGGCUCGCUGUCUACAAAAGAAGUUCCAUCUACACCAUCCUCUCUACUGGUGGCAUAUUCCUACUCAUCACCUUGGUAACCAUUUGCGCCUGCUGGACACCAUCUAAAAAGCGGAGACGACCCACGAGAAAGUCUUUCUCCAGAUUUUAUAACCAACGUACAGUGACUUGUAACUCGGGUAAUGUCGCACAACGGAAUGGAAAGAACACUGUGACGUCGCUUUACGUACUGCAGCAAAAGGAUCUUUCCCCAGGAGACUCUUCAGUCAACAGCAACGGGUCGGCUUGGGACCCGGAGCACCCACCUAGCUACAACAACUACGUUGAUUCUCUAACCAGGGCUACGAGCCAGGCCAACCAACUCCAAGUAUAG